CCACGCGGUCCCCGGCGGCCCGCGCUCGGCCCGGGGGCGCGGGAGCCGCAGCCGGAGCCGGAGGCGGGAGCAGCGAGCUGGAGCCCCGGGCGCCCGAAUGCAGGAUGCUCACGGCCCCUGGUGUCCCCAGGCCGCCACGUGUGAGGGCUGCUGCUCUGAGCCGAGGCCUGGCUUGAGGAGGAUGUCCCAGCCGCCGGCCAGCUCCCGUCUGCACCAUGAGUGAUGAGCGGCGGCUGCCCGGCAGCGCGGUGGGCUGGCUGGCCUGUGGAGGCCUCUCCCUGCUGGCCAACGCGUGGGGCAUCCUCAGCGUGGGGGCCAAGCAGAAGAAGUGGAAGCCCCUGGAGUUCCUGCUGUGCACGCUCGCGGCCACCCACAUGCUCAACGUGGCCGUGCCCAUCGCCACCUACGCCGUGGUGCAGCUGCGGCGCCAGCGCCCCGACUACGAGUGGAACGAGGGCCUCUGCAAGGUCUUCGUCUCCACCUUCUACACCCUCACCCUGGCCACCUGCUUCUCCGUCACCUCCCUCUCCUACCACCGCAUGUGGAUGGUCCGCUGGCCCGUCAACUACCGGCUAAGCAACGCCAAGAAGCAGGCGGUGCACACGGUCAUGGGCAUCUGGAUGGUGUCCUUCAUCCUGUCGGCGCUGCCUGCCGUCGGCUGGCACGACACGAGCGAGCGCUUCUACACCCACGGCUGCCACUUCAUCGUGGCUGAGAUUGGCCUGGGCUUCGGCGUCUGCUUCCUGCUGCUGGUGGGCGGCAGCGUGGCCACGGGCGUGGUCUGCACGGCCAUUGCCCUCUUCCAGACGCUGGCGGUGCAGGUGGGGCGCCGGGCUGACCGCCACGCCUUCACCGUGCCCACCAUCGUGGUGGAGGACGCGCAGGGAAAGCGCCGCUCCUCCAUCGACGGCUCCGAGCCCGCCAGGACCUCGCUGCAGAUCACCGGCCUGGUGGCCACCAUCGUCGUCAUAUACGACUGCCUCAUGGGCUUCCCUGUGCUGGUGGUGAGCUUCAGCAGCCUGCGGGCUGACGCCUCGGCGCCCUGGAUGGCACUGUGUGUGCUGUGGUGCUCAGUGACCCAGGCCCUGCUGCUGCCCCUAUUCCUCUGGGCCUGCGACCGCUACCGCGCUGACCUCAAGGCUGUCUGGGAGAAGUGCAUGGCCCUCAUGGCCAACGAUGAGGACUCGGAUGACGAAACCAGCCUGGAAGGUGGCAUCCCCCCAGACCUAGUGUUGGACCGCUCCCUGGACUACAGCUAUGGGGGUGACUUUGUGGCCCUGGACGGGACGGCCACGUAUGAGCUCUCUGCCCUGGAGGGGGACCUGCCCCAGUUCUGCCCUCCGCGGCCCUUGCAGGAGGACAAGAUGCAGUACCUGCAGGUCCCGCCCACGCGACGCUUCUCCCACGACGACGCGGACGUGUGGGCCGCCGUGCCGCUGCCCACGUUCCUACCGCGCUGGGGCUCUGGCGAGGACCUGGCCGCCCUGGUGCUGCCCGGCGGGCCCGACCGGCGCCGCGGUGGCCUGCUGGCGGAGGACGCUCCCCCCUUCCGCCCGCGCCGUCGCUCGGCCGAGAGCCUGCUGUCGCUGCGCCCCCCGGCCCUGGACGACGGCCCGCGCCUCGCCCCCGGCUCGCCCCCCGGCAGCCCGCGCCGCCGCGCCGGGCCCGGCGCCCGCAGCGCCUCGGCCUCGCUGCUGCCCGACGCCUUCGCGCUGACCGCCUUCGAGCGGGAGCCGCAGGCCCUGCGCCGCCAGCCCGCCUCGCCGGGGCCCUUCCCCGUCCGCGCCCUUCCCCGCGACGGCGCCCAGCCCGGCGGGGACGCGGCGCCCCCUGGCGGCGGCGGCGCGCAACGGAGCCCCGGGCCGCGCCCGGCCGCACACGCGCGUCCCAGGACCCUGCGGACCGGCCUGAGCGCGUCGUGGGGCGAACCUGGGGGCCUGCGCGCGGCGGGCGGCGGCGGCGGCAGCACCAGCAGCUUCUUGAGCUCGCCCUCGGAGUCGUCGGGCUACGUCACGCUGCACUCGGGCUCGAUGGGGUCGGCGUCUUAGGGCCCGCCGGCGCCUCCCCAAGUCUCCAGGCGGGCCGGGCCACCCACGGGGCCAAAGCACCAAAGAUGCCAUCCUAACCCGGCCCAGGCUCGGGGCGGGCUACGCUGAGACCGCCGGCGGCGCCUGGACUUGCGCUAAGCCCUGAUGGGGCGGGCUGUGUGCCGCGCCGGAAGCGUCCAUUGCCUGGAGGGGCAACGCCCGCCCUGGACGACCACACUGGGCACGGACCAGCCUCUGGGCAGGGCAUCUCCGGGCAGAGUGAGGCUGGGGCUUGGGAAA